AUGCUUAGAAUUUAUUCCAUACAAUGGAACUGGUAUAUUACACGUCAACAAUAUCAAUUAUUCAUUAUCAUUAUAUUAUUUUAUAUUCAUUUAAUUCAAUCUAAAACGAUACGAUUACGUAUUAAUGAAGAAAUACAAUUAAAUACAAAAAUAGGUAGUUUAUUCAAAUAUAUACAACAACAAGAUGGAUUAAAUAAUUUAUAUUUUAUUAAAAUUAAUAAUACAAAUGAUGCAUCGAAAUUAUUUCAUGUUGAUUCUAUAACGGGUGAUAUUAUUGUUAAGCAUCGAUUAGAUCGAGAAUUAUUAUGUAAUAUUAAUAAUCAAUAUAAUCAAUUAAAAAAAUAUGGUAAAAUGAUUAAAGAAUGGUUACCAAAUUUCACUUCUUCGACAAUAUGUGAAUUAUAUUUUAGUGUGAAUUGUUUAAAUACAACAUUAUAUUCAAAUUAUCAUUCAAAUCGUCAUAGAAACAAAUUACCUAUAAGUAAUAAAUUAGUAACUAUAUUUGAUAUCAUUAUUGAAUUGAAUGAUAUUAAUGAUAAUGGUUGUCAAUUUAUUCCAUCUAAUCAACAAUUAAUUAAAAUUCGUGAAGAUUCAUUUAUUAAUGAUACACGUUUUACAUUGAAUAUACCAUAUGAUCCAGAUGAUAUGAUCAAUGGGAAUUCGGUGAAAUCAGAUCGUAUUUGGAUUAAUAAUGAUUCAAAUAUAAUAAAUAAUAAUAAUCAAAAUAUAUUAAAUUAUUUUAAAUUACAUAGUCUUUCAUUAUUGAAUAAUAUUACAAUAUCUAAUAUAUAUUUAGAAUUAGAAUUAAUUCAAAAGUUAGAUUAUGAAAAACAACAAAGUUAUACAUUUCAAAUUAUAGCCGAUGAUGGUAUUUCAUCAAAUGAUCAUCAAUGUUAUUUGAAUGUAACUAUACUUGUAGAAGAUUGUAAUGAUCAUAUGCCAAUAUUUGAACAAUCUAUGUAUAUUGUAAAUGUAAGUGAAGAUACACCUAUAGGUCAAUUCAUAUUACAGAUUAAAGCUAAUGAUGAAGAUACUGAUGAAAAUGGAAAGAUAAUUUAUAAUUUUGCAUCAUAUUCAGAUGAUAAUGAUGAUAGUAAUUAUUUCUAUAUUCAUUCAAAAACCGGUGAAAUAAAAUUACAAAGACGAUUAAAUUAUCGUUUAAAAUCUAGUCAUUCAUUAAAAGUAUUUGCUAAAAAUCCGGAAAACACUACAUCAGGACAAAUAAAAUCAUUUCAUACCUCAAAAUUAUCAACUACUCAGGUUAUAGUAAAUGUGAUUGAUGUAAAUGAUCAUUUUCCUCGUAUUCGUAUUAUAUCACCUACUGGUUCUAAAACUUUAGAAUUAAUUGAAGAAACACCACCUGGACAAGAUAUUGGAAUUGUAGAUGUGUUCGAUGGAGAUACUGGAAUAAAUGCACAAGUGAACUGUAAAUUAACUAAUCAAACUAUUCCAAAUGUUUUACGCUUAAUUUCAGUUGACAAUGAAAUGUCAAAUUCUAAUCAAAAGUAUAAAUUAACGCUGCAAAAACUUAUUGAUAGAGAAGAAUUUCCAAUCAUUGAGUUUAAUGUAGUUUGUUGGGAUGGUGGAACGCCAUCUUUAUCAAGUAAUUUGACAUACAAAAUCAAAGUAUUCGAUAUUAAUGAUCAUGAUCCAGUCUGUGAUCAAGAUAAUUACACAGUUGAUGUCAUGGAAGAUUCAAGUCCGGAAAGAAUAAAAAAUAACUUUGAAUUUCUCACCAUUCAUGCUACUGAUCAAGAUGAAGGUCGUAAUGCAAAACUCCAUUUUAGUUUAGAUCAAGAAACUCCAACGUAUAUAAUGAAUUUAAUCUCGGUUAAUGCAACUUCUGGGACACUUAGUACUAUGGGAAAUUUAGAUCGCGAGAAGUUGACUACAUUCGAUGUGACAUUAAUUUGUUCAGACCAUGGUGAACCAAAACGAAUGACUAAAGUGAAGAUACAUGUUAAUGUAUUGGAUUACAAUGACAACUCACCUACAUACUCUCAACCAUAUUUUGAAUUUACUAUAACAGAAAAUAAUCAUGUAGGUCAGCUAGUUGGUAAUUUUCAAAUUACUGAUGACGAUGUUGAUAAAAAUGCAGAAUUAAUUGUUCAAAUUGAACAGAACACAGAACAGGCACAUGUUUAUCUUGCAUAUUUCGGUAAUAGUUUAGGAAUACAACCUGAUAUUGAACAAUUGAAAUUACAUUCAAAAGAUCUACUGAUUUCUUCCAAUUUACAAAAAACAAAACAUAUUGAAUACAUUCCACAUUUUAAAUUACAUUCACAAAAGUUGGCCAGAAAAAAUAUUUCUUAUUCUAACAGUGAAUCAACACUUUAUGAUGUCAAAUUGUAUAUAGACUCUGUUAUUGAUCGUGAAGGAUUAAUUAUGAAAUAUAAAGAUAUAGUUUCUGAUAUCAUUCCACAUUAUAGAUUACUUGAACAUAUCAAUCAUUUUUAUUAUGAUAAUAAAAUAUCUCAACACUCAAGUAAAACAAACUAUUCUAUAAUAACACCAAUUAUAUUGUUAUUAAUCAAUACACAUGAUAAAGGUAUUCCAAAAUUAUCUGAAUAUGUAUCAAUACGUAUUCAUGUAUUAGAUGAAAAUGAUAAUUCACCUCGUUUUAUUUAUCCUGAUCCAACAGAUGUAAAUAGAACAAAAACUAUUGUAUCAUAUAAAGAACCAACAGGAUAUGCAUUUACACAGGUUUUAGCUAUAGAUAUUGAUGCUGGUGAAAAUGGUACAAUUCUCUAUUUUAUUCAUUCUGGCAAUGAUAAUAAUUAUUUUCAAUUAGAUUCAUAUAAUGGAAUAUUAAGUAUUCAUAAACAAAUUCCAUAUAAUGCAAUAGGUGAAUAUAUACUUAAAUUAGAAGCAAGAGAUUGUGGUAAACCAUAUCGUUUUACAAUAACAGAAUUAAUUAUUGAAAUUGAUCAAUCACCAUCUAAAGCAUAUCUUACAACAAAUAUAUAUCAAUUACAUAAUUCUGAUAGAAUUAUGCAAUAUGGUGCUAGUAAUAAUACAUUAAAUUUAUAUAUUAUCAUUGCAAUUAUUGCAGCAGCUUGUGUUAUAUCAACUAUAUUGUUAUUUUUAGUGUUUAUAUUUUUACAACGUACAAAACGUAAUCGUCAUAAGAGAACUGAUUUAUCAGAAAAUUCAAUCAGAAAGUAUCAUGAUAUAAAUAUGAAAGAAUUACAUACAAACUAUUCUAUAACAAAUCAAUCACAAAAUCAGAAUAGGAACAAAUUUUCAGAUUAUGAAGUUCAUCCAUUUCCUAAUUGCUCUCAACAAUUACCCAGUUACGAAGAUGGAAAUAAUAAUUUGGAAUUAAUGAAUCAUCCAAAUGGGAGUUUGUUUCUAUUACCUGUUGAAACAGAUUAUAAUUACGGUCAAAAUUCAUUUAAUAAAAUUCCCGGUACUUAUUGGUCCACCAACAGCAACAUAAUUAAUGAUAAUAAUAUUGCAAACAUGGAAACUAAUGAAAACAGAAUAAAUCUGACUGUUUCAUCAUAUAACAUGAACAAUUUAUAUAAUGAUUAUACAAAUUAUCACAAUGGGGAUAAAAUAGAUAUAACAGGUUAUCAAGAUGUUUGUCAAACAAUAUUGAAUGGUCAAUGUUCAAUACCUUUUAGUAUACCUGAAGCCUGUAAUGAACUGACUAAUAUAUCAAAACAUCCACAUAUAUUAAUGUCUACAAUGGAUAAUUGGCCAAAAUUAUCAACAACUGAUUUUACAUCUAAUAUCAUUAUAUCAACUGAUUGUGAUUCAGGUAAUGGUGAUAGUGUAGAAAUUCAACCAAAUUUAUCAACUAAAGUUUAUUUUGUUGGAAGAACAUAAACAUUUAAACGAUAGGCAGCCUAGAAUAGUUCAAUUAGAUGAUACUAUCUAUGAAUGAAUUAUAUUCAGUAUUACUUAUAUUCUAUGUAAUAACAUUGAUAAAUUAUUGUAAUAAAUUAUACAUUUUUCGAUAUGAAAGCGAAUUUUUCUUAUUAUAUAUAUAUAUAGUGUUAAUAUUAGCUGUAUAUGUUUUAAUGAUCCAAUGGAAUAUCUAUUCAUCUAUUGAUGAAGAUGAUAGUUCUUUUCUGUCAGUAUUUCUAUUCAUGAAUUUAUCCAAGAUUUAUGCGUUCAUUACCUGAUUUCAAAAUUAAGUUUGUUCGUCCCUUCUUUUUUAUUCUCGUUUGUUUCUUCUUGUUUUCUAAAUUAAAGAACCAUUUCAUCAGUAACACUAUGAUUUAUCACUUCAAUUAAAUCGAUACAAAACGAUCAUUCAUUUGAUGAGUUUCAUAAUCAUUUAUAACCAUUGAAUCCGUAAUAUUAUAUUGAAAAUUUAUCAUUCC